AUGGCUGGUAUAAAGACAGCCAGUGGGGAAUAUAUCGAUGACUCUUGGGAGCUCAGCGUGUUCGUGGAGGAUCUGGGGUCUGAGGCUGACCCGGUCCCACUCCGGAUCUCCGGCAGCAUGCAUAUCGGAGGCGUCAUGCUCCAGAUAGUGGAUAAAUUAGAACUGCAGCGAGAUUGGUCAGACCAUGCCCUGUGGUGGGAGCAGAAGAAAAUGUGGCUGUUGAAUACACAUUGGAGCCUGGAUAAAUAUGGGGUUUUGGCUGAUGCCCGCCUGCUGUACACUCCACAGCACAAGCCGGUGCGUCUUUCCUUGCCGAACCACUGCGCCGUUCGUAUCCGAGCCAACUUUGCCCAGCCAGUCUUCAGCGCAGUGAUCGACAUCUGCAGGGUUCUUGGUAUCCGCCAUCCUGAAGAAUUGUCCUUGCUGCGUGCACCUGCAGAGAAGGAGAAGCGGAAGCACAAGGAGAAAGAAGGAAGCGCCACGGAGACCUAUGACCUGACGGGAGUGCGGCUCCCAACAAAUGCAGAGCAGCAGCUGUUCCGUGGGAUGCCGGCACACUUUUCAGACAGUGCCCACACUGAAGCCUGUUACAGAAUGCUGUCCAUCAGUCAGACCGGGCUGACCCCGGAGCAGAUCUUGCGCAAGCACCGGCCAGGAUCCCUUGUCGAGAAGACUCAGAUCAACAGCAGGUGGUUGGAUUCAUCACGGACUCUGCUGCAGCAGGAUAUUAAGGAAAACGACCAUCUGUGGCUACGCUUCAAGUAUUACAGCUUCUUUGACCUAGAGCCAAAGUAUGAUGCUGUGCGGAUAAACCAGCUGUACGAACAGGCCCGUUGGUCUGUGCUGCUGGAGGAGACAGAUUGUACUGAGGAAGAGAUGGUGGUCUUCGCUGCUCUGCAGUAUCGGAUCAACCAGCUGUCCUUGAACACCGGCCCCACAGACCACGCUGGAGACUCCGGCCUCGAUGACCUGGAUGCCGCUCUUGCCACGCUGGAGGUCAAACUGGAGGGGAAAUCGACGACUCCGAAUGUUCUGGACAGUCUCACAGCGAUCCCAGAACUGAAGGAUUACCUCCGAAUACUCAGGCCCCGCAAGCUGACGCUCAAAGGUUACAAGCAGUACUGGGUGACCUUCAAAGAGACCUCCAUCUCCUACUACAAGAGUCCUGAGGAAGCCCUUGGAGAACCGGUGCAACAGCUCAACCUCAAGGGCUGCGAGGUGGUACCCGAUGUCAACAUCUCAGGGCAGAAAUUCUGCAUCAAGCUACUGGUUCCUUCGCCAGAUGGAAUGAGUGAAAUUCACUUGCGCUGUGUAGAUGAGCAGCAGUACGCCCGCUGGAUGGCUGGGUGCCGGCUGGCGGCAAAAGGUAAAACCAUGGCGGACGCAUCGUACCAGGCUGAGGUGCAGAACAUCCUGUCCUUUCUACAACUGCAGCGGGCCAACCCGGACGCUCCCCUCGCCACCGAAGCCGAGGGCGCCCAGUGGCUGGUGUCGCCCCGUUACCAGAAGAAAUUCAAACCCAAGCAGUUAACCCCACGCAUCCUGGAAGCCUAUCAGAACGUGGCUCAGCUCUCACUCAUCGAUGCCAAGAUGAAAUUUAUCCAGGCCUGGCAGUCGCUCCCCGAUUUCGGCAUCUCUUACUUCGUAGUCAGGUUCAAGGGCAGCCGGAAGGACGAAAUCCUGGGCAUUGCCAAUAACCGCCUGAUCCGCAUUGACCUGGCUGUCGGGGACGUGGUGAAGACGUGGCGAUACAGCAACAUGCGCCAGUGGAAUGUCAACUGGGAUAUCCGCCAGGUCGCCAUUGAGUUCGAUGAACACAUCAACGUGGCAUUCAGCUGCAUCUCUGCCAGCUGCAAGACGGUGCACGAAUAUAUCGGUGGCUACAUCUUCCUGUCGACCCGCACGGCCGACAGUGGCCAGGAGCUGAAAGAAGACCUCUUCCACAAGCUGACGGGAGGCCACGAAGCCCUCUGACCUGGCACCACCCAGCCUAACCUUCUCCCCUGGAGCCAUAUGGGCAGGCCUGCCUCCUCAAGCAGCUGUCUGGCCAGUGCUGAUGGGAACCUGAGGCGUCCCCUAAGGACUUGAUAAGCCAAGCUACACCUGACGCUGGAGGCCGGGGAUCAGAUUUCCACCCUUCAUUAGCUUCUGAAAGCAUCUCUGUGGGGUCUCUGGGAUGGCAGGAGAAGGUGACUCUCCCCUACAGUUGCCAACUUCCAGGUGAGGCCUGGAGUCCCCCCUGAAUCACAACCAAUCUCCAGACCACAGAGAUCGGUUCCCCUGGAAGAAAUGGCGGUUCAGAGGCUGGGCUCUAUGGAAUCAUGUCCCUGCUGAGUUCCGUCCCCUCCCCAGGGUUCACCCCCAAAUCUCUGGGAAUUUUCCAAUCCGGAGUUGGCAACUCUGUAAUCUUCCCCCCACUCCCAAAAGCACUAUUCUCGAAACAGGCACAACCACAACCCGUGCCACUUUUUGCCUUGUUAAGGGGAAAAAGAAAGUCCUGGGAGUGUGUGUGUGUCUCCCCCCCCCCAUAUUAGGGCUAGAAGCAGGUGGGGGGCAGUUUCAGGGAAACAGCAUGGGGGGGGGAGUUGGCCCUCCUCGUGGGUUCCUCUGCAGCCGCUUGUGAAUUUCCCACUGGCAGAUUUGAUUCCCCCGGGGCCUUGGGUAGUUUGGCUGAAGGAAAAGAGGGAGUCUGGGCUACAUAAGGAAGGGAUUGAUAGGAAGGUGGUAGCUGGGGACUGCCCAUCUUAUUUUAACAGUAUUGGAGUUUUCAAAGUCUGUUUUAUUGAAGGGCCCCUCAUAUGGGUGUUGCUUUUUGUUUUCUUAUCUGCCCCGAAGAGCUAUAAAUAAAAAUGUCCUUCCUG